UUGGUCCACAUAGCAUGUCCAAAGGAAAGUAAUUGGCUGUAGGCCAUUGCAUUUUUUUAAACGAGAGCAAUGGCGCCAGAAAAAUCUACAGAUAUUUUCCAUAAAGUUAAGAAACACCACAGAAGUUCUUCUAGUAAUAUUUGAUUAAAUAAAAAGAGAACCUUCUUACUAUCCAGGGAUAAUUAUGAUAACCUGAUUUAAGCACUGUACAGCAUUAGAAAGAUUCUCCCGUCACUGAAAAGUUUUGGACCCGUAUUAGACGCGUGGCGUCGGCGGUGGUACGGUACCCCCAAGGUCAAUGUACUUGACACUCCCGGCAGCAGUAGUGACGUAGUCGCAGCUAGUUGGCCAGCAAAACAGAAACCUUAAAACCAAAUUUUCAUACUGAUGCAGUAGUAGGUCACUGAACACUAGCAGAAAGUAUCUAAGAAACCAAGUGAAUGUGAAGUGCAAAGAAGAUUAAAAAAAUGUCUCUGUAUCCAACUUUACCCGAUGAUUUUCCUGCCUUCAGGCACGCCAAGCUUACUGAUCAACCUCACUCACUCCUCCCGACAUGCUCAGUGUGCUAUGAUGAGUUUUCUGAGAUGCGGAUCCCCAGAUACCUUCUAUGCCAUCACACCUUUUGCGAGGAGUGUAUACACCAGAUGAUUAAGUGUGACAAGGUUGAGUGCCCCCUCUGCCGGAAGGUCUGCCGGGUUACCUCGGUAAACCUUCUCCAGACCAACAAUGAUGUUCUAACCAUGGCAAAAUAUGGGAAUCUUUUUGUCAACCUCUGGUGUCAUGACUGCCAAGACACGCCAAAGGCCACCUGUAUGACUCACCGCGUGGACAACCAGUCACCCACCUCUGAGCCUACUUUGGGACAACAGGUUGACAACACUGUAGAAGCUUGGACUCCCACAGUGAUGCGUAUGGUGGAGACGACACAAGGCUGGGCAGUGGUUGCUAUGGAUGCCACUUAUGCAACCAUCACCAGUGUCUCUGAGUAUGUGGCUCCCUUGACCACAUACAUCAGUGAGUGGUUCAAUUCUUUGUUACAAGAUGAUGACCCCUGAUGGGCAGACUCAGACACCAACGAUAAAAGGAUGGACUAUUGGAUGAUAUCAAUAGUCUAUUAUUUUCAUAGGUUUGUAAUAAAGUUCUGUAACACAUUUAAUAAAGUGUUGAAAAAAUCUGCUAUAGGAUGCAAGUUAUUACAGUAUUUAUUAUUACAACAUUUUACACACUGUAUUGAAAUUUCAGGAAAACAUCUAAGAUACAAUUGAAAUACAUAUUGUUAAGAAAGCAUUGUGUUAAUUUUCCACAGCAUCCUUAGACUUAGUACUGUACUAAAGAAGAUAUACUGUAUCUUAGAUUAUUAAUUUAAUCUUGCUUGAACUGCAGUAUACUGUAUAGUAAAAUAAAUGCAUCCAGAUUUUAUAUAUUUUAAACUACCUUUGAAGUUUGGGACUUGUCGUAUAAGAGAGUAAGUUGGUAACAUCCAUGAUGUUAGUGGUGAUUGUGUUUAAUCAGAACAGUCGCUAUUUUCUGAACCAAUUUUUGUGAAAGUUAUGUUGGGAGAUUAUGGCCAAAAACAACUUUUCUCUUGGUAUUGUAAAUUAACAUGUCUAGUAAUUAACAGGUGAUAUACAUUCUUGAAAAGUGCUUAUUAGGUCAAGUCCCAUUCAGCAGGACCCAGUUUCCCCCGUGUUAAAAGCCGAGUUGUGUUACAGCCCAGAAUUUUUCAACCGAAAACUUUUGUGGAAUAAACUUGGAUGUAUUUCAACCAUAAAACGUAACCUACCGGGUAACAAGAUUAAAUUUAUUUAGAAUAAUAUACUUACCUGAGCUGAAGAUUAUGCUUGUGUUGGCUGAGCAUUGUUGGUUGAAGGUUAAGACGGUGAGUGAGUGAAGGGGGCUGAGACAUCUUACUCUCUCUCUCUCUCUCUCCUUUGGACUCAUUAUUGUUGGGGUUGAUCUUAAAAAUAAUGAGAAAUGAAUGAGCAAAGGCAGUGUACAUUCCAAGAAGCAGAGAACAUGAUGAUAAACAAAUGCCACUACACCUCAAAGUAUUGAAUACAAGUCUACGAGUUCACUAACCUACAGUAGCUGACCAAUCAACCAAUGAAAAGGAUGACGAGAUCCACUUCACUAGUGAUAAUGUGAGGUGGUACACUCGUAAUUUUGCUCGUUAAAUUGAAUAAAAAUUCUUUAAUUUAAUUUUUAGGCCUUUAAACACUUAAGUUUGUUAACCAAAUUUUCAUUCAUCGGUUAUUGGGACCUUGGUGUAGUUAGUACCCUCUUAAUGCAUUUUUGAUGAUGAUAUACUUUUUUUAAUGGUACAAAAUGUUCCAUGUUUGAUGAUAAAUACUGUACAUGCUCUAUGCUUGUUGUGCUUUCUUUGCUUUUGUAUUGUUUGUGUAGUUUUGAGUGUUAUGUAGUCAAAUUUAGCUGUGUUUACAGUGUCCAGUAGAAGGUAUUUUUCAUUGUGAAUUACUACACUGUAUUCACUAACUCCAUAUUAGAAAAUUCACUUAUUCAUGAAAAAUUAUUAGUGACCCUUUAUUCAAGAUUUGCAAUUGGAAUUCAGCUCUCCAUGAGGCUAUAAGAAAAUUUCUGAGAACAGCACUACCAGAUUUUAUUCAAUUUUGUUAAUUUUUUCCACAGAUGUUCUUAGCAUUAUAAUAAGUAUUGUAAAAGAGGCAAUGGAGGAGGGAGGACAACUUCCUGCUCAGCAGCUCGCGAUUCCUUUAUAACAACAGUAUGUGCAGUAUAUAAUUCACCGUAAUUCUCAUAUUAUUUAUGUUCAUUUGGUGCUGGUUUUAUAAAACAUUAUUGAAAAAUAAUACAUUUUUCCUCUAAAAUCCCACACUCAUUCCCAGAAGAGAUAUUGCGCCGUAGUACCUGUAUAUUCUCAAUCUCUUGUUUACAGAGUUAACACUGGCCUGCUUCACUAAUAGUGUUGCCAACACUCACCAUCUCUCAAGCACCGUUGUUAUCACUGCUCAAGAUGGUUGGUGCUUACCACAGGAUCUGUUUUGGGUCAAUAAUAUUGUAGCAUAUUUAUCAUAACUUAAUAAAUAUUAUUGAAGUGUA